AUGGAGAAGUUGAUGCUGAGCCUGUUAAAUGUUUUCCUGCUCUGCUCUGUGUGUGAAGCACAGUUAAGUGACGUCCUUCAACCUGUUUCUUUCCAGUCAGCAGCGCUAGGAGAAGCUGUUUCUAUUACAUGUCAUAUUUCUAGUUCUGUAAGACAUAGAGUAUGGUACAAAGUGACAACUACUAGGAGACUACAGAUAGUGGCCACAACAGAUACUUUUUAUAAUCUGACAAUAUUUGGCAGCCAAUUUCGUCAACGUUAUGCUAUAAAAUAUGACAGCACCAGCAAUCAUCUGAGCAUAUCUGCAACAACGUGGGAAGAUGUUGGCACAUACUACUGUGGAGCAAUGCGCAUAAACGACAUGCUGAUUGCAGAAGGAACCUUUCUGAUGCUAAAAGGUGCAAAGAUGAUCAGUGACUCUGUCAUCCAGAAGCCAGAGUCUGAGUCAGUGCAGCCAGGACGCUCUGUGGCUCUCAGCUGUUCUGUUCACACUGACCGCUGUGCAGCAGAACACACUCAUGUCCUGUGGCUGAAAAACUCUGAUCAUUCUGCUCCAGAGAUGAUUCACUCCUCUGGGAAUAAAAACGACACCUGCCAGAAGACUGAGACUGGCUCUGGAGAAGCUACCUGUGUGUACCACCUUCUUAUGAGGAACCUGAGCUCUGAUGAUGCUGGAACCUACUACUGUGCUGUGACUUCAUGUGGAGAAGUACUGCUGGGAAAAGGGACCAGGAUUAAAAUGAACAUAAUGUCUACAGAUGGAAAUGACUCUCCUGCCUUGGUGUAUAUCGUGAGUGGAGCUUUGGCGUUCACCACCAUCCUGGUUGUUUUAUUGGCUCUCACAGUGUGCAUGAUGAUCAGAAACUGCCAACGUACAGAUUCAGUGACUUCUGCUCAGAAUGUAGAGGUAAAUCAAGAUGCAGACAACCUUCAUUAUGCUGCUAUAAGGGAUCGCAAGGCCAACAGACCAAGAAGACAGCAGGACAACACAAUGACUGAAUGUGUGUACUCCAGUGUAAAGCAGCAAAACUGA